AUGGCCAAGCUGCCGACUAACUGGAAGCAAAAGUACCUGAAAUCACAGGCCGAGGCGCGCACAAAAAAGGUGUCGGCGAUAUCGCCCAUGGAGGUGCGAAACGGAACGAAAAAGUCGCUGCAAAAGGCCCUGGCAGAAGCCGCCGACGAAGACGAGGAGGACGACGAAAUCUCGACUCAGGUGGCAAACGAGGUCGAACAGCGACUCUUUGACCUCUACGGAAUCUCGCCGGAAUACAAGUCGGCCGUCCGAACCCGCCUGGUGAGUUUAAAGAGUAAGAACUCCACAAUAGCCGUGGAACUAUUGUGUGGAGCAAUUGAGCCUCAGGCGUUUGCUGAAUACACAGUUGAGCAACUGAAAUCGGACCAGCGCAAAAAGGAAGAACAGGCCCUGAAAGAUGAGAACCUCAGACAGGCAACCAUGGAGAAACCAACCAAGGAAGAUAUCAACAUGUACAAAGACGGACGAGACCGAGAAAAGUGGGGAGUGUCUAGAUCGGCUGCUGCCAUCGAUGAUGAUUAG